AUGGCCGACACUAAUAACCUGCUCCGUUUCUUGACGGCCGAAGCAAAGCUCCCUCUGGCCGCUGCCAUCGCACAAGCUGCUGGUCUCCAAAAGGCGAAUCUAGUCACUACAAUCCUGACGCUUCAACAGCNNAUCGAGGAUCUCGCCAAAACUGAUUUCGACACUCUUAAAGCAGCUUCCGCCACCGACAAAGCUGCAAAAGCCACUUUGGCUGCUGCAAAGCGUGUCUCUAUCAAGCGCAAAAGAGGUCUCCCUGAGUCUUCUAUUCCGCUGCCUUCUAAGCGUGCCAAAGUCGAUCCUGCUGAGAUUGAAUCUCCAGCCGACGUUGAAGCUUCACUGGCCCUGCCUACAUCUGAUCUCACUGACGAUGAGCUUGCGAACAUUACGCUUACGACUAAUCGUGCGCCACUACUACUGGCCUUUACUGCCACUUUAGUGAAGUAUACUAUGCCCGAGCAACCAACUUCCUCGUGUCUGAGUCUUGCUCAGGCCGUAACUUCUCUGAACGCUCAAGCCAAAGCCGCCAAUAUUGGCAUUGGAAACUCUGCAACUGCUGAGAAAGAAGGUUGGGGUCAAGGCCAGUCGCUUGUCAAGGUUAUGUCCCGCGACGUCCGUGUGUUGAAGCGCUGGGGCUAUGAUUGGAAGCUAGAUGCAAAAGAUACUACCAAGGACGUUAAGACGGAAGAACCAGACCAACCCCCUUCACUGCAAGAAGAAUCGUGUCCGGAAGACUCUCCUGCACUAUUAGCUUUCGAUCUUGAGCAGCUCAAGCGUCUAGACGGUCCGCCAAUCGUCUCGGCUUCUGCAAGCACGGCUGGCCUUCCCGUAUAUCAUGCAGAUCCUGCACGCAACUAUAUCAUCAAAGCCUUCGACUCUGUCUAUGACGACAAACCUGAGACAAAGAAGAAGAGACCAGCGGCUGAGCUCGCUGCAGAGCGCGAGGCAAAUCUAGGACACCUAAUCAAGGCUUUGGAUUUGGUGUUCCAGUCAUGGUCUGUCGUGCUCAGCUCAGAUGAUCUGGACAAACGCGCUUGGAAUUGGUAUGUUAAGGUACGACCACAAGUCGAAGCAGGUCGUGCUGGUUGGGGAGCAAAAGGCCAGGUCAUGCUCAAAGACAUCCUGGAUCUAAGGCGACCAAAGUGA